GUCACUGCCGUCUGGGAAUAGGUAGUCGCUGUACGAAUGCCUUACUUGCAUUGAUGCCAUGCCGCAUUGAUAAGGUUCUCGCUAGUGAUGCGGCUGCUCCCGCAUCUCAAAAUUAACACUACCUUAUCAUUGCUUGUUAGGUAUAUCAGGCACCUUAUUGAGACUGCCACUUGACACUGGGAGCACUAGGUAUGAUGUUCGCUAGAACGGCAAGUUCAGCGGGUCUCUGCAUCUUUGCGCAUAACUCCUCCCGAAUGGCGAGUUGGCGAGGCGCUAACGUCGUGUUCUCGGACUCAUCACCAAACGCGAACAGCGAGCGCUUGAACGACACAAUUUCUUAUUACUAAGCGGCUGCCAAACAGCCCGGGUAUUUCCUGAAGAGAUUUGGGGUUCCGAAUCAUCACUGCCUUGCAAUGCCUAAGCUAACUGGGAAAAGGGUACUAAUUCGUCCUAAUUGUAUGAACUUCUCUUUGGAAAUGCUUUCAAGGUUCUGUCAUCGCUUUGAAGCAGGCUUACAACCAUGCUACUCAUGUAUUGGACUGUGAUACUCCAGGCGUUCAAACUACCUUAUACCUUACGUACAAAGAUGCAGUUCUCUGUUUCAACUGACCUACUUUUAAGAGAGUGGCAGUGUGAACGCGAUGCCGACAUAUUUUGGGAUGUCUUUUAAGUGCACGUGCUCACAAUCAUGUCUGCACAUUUAUUGUCAUAGACUACUAGUACCUAAGGUAAGGUCUGAUAUGUCAAGUAUUAGUAGAUGGCUAAGGCCCUGAUCUUCUCGUCGCUAAAACCAGUUACCAGUCGCCAAUACUAAUAUAAUCGUUACAUAAAAACGACGGAAAACCCUUUUCCACAGUACUAAACUUAUUCUAGCUAUAGUUCGGCUACC